AUGAGGCCAGUGCCAAAUAUAGUGCUGGUGAUGCGAGCCUGCUGUUCUGUUGCCCCAGUGUUGGACCUUCCAUUUUUAAGUGAAGAUGGAAUGGGUCUUACAAAAGUUAAAGUAGCCAGUGUGUAUGAGUUGCCAGGCUUCUUUCUUAGUUUGGAGCCUAUUCCAGGAACUAUUGAAGCAAUGCAAGUGAUGAUCAACAUGCCCGACUGGGUUGAAAAGCACUUGGGUCCUAAAUUUGUGGAGUGACUAAUUCCGACCAGAGAUAAAACAGUGUCAGCUGAUUUGAUCUUCAAUUACAAGGAUGCUGUUAUAGAUAUGGGAGUUAGAGGUGUAGAACCGAAUCUGAGUUGGGAGCACAAUUUGUUCUCUUGCUGCCAUAAAAAACAUCUAAAGUUGUAGCCACCAUGAAGGAGCUUGGAGUCCUGGAAAAUACUGAAAAGUAAAUGCUCCAAGUGA